UUCUGGCAUCUUAUUAUGCCAUCACCUAUUCCUUUUAAUAGCUUUCUUCCUUUGGAGCUCUCCCCAUCUGCAGACUUGAGACCUUGCAGCAGCCCUGCAGUUAUCCCUGGCAAAGAUGGAAAAGCCUUCCUAGGAGGGACUCCCUCUCCCAGGACACGUCGCCUGCCUCCACGCUUGGCCUGGUGCUCCAUUGACUGGGAUCAGCUCUGCCUCCUGCAGCCCCUGGGCUCUGGGGGUUUUGGGGCUGUCUACAAGGCCACCUACCAUGGUGUGACUGUGGCUGUGAAGCAGGUGAAGAAGAGCAGCAAAAACCGGCUGGCAUCCCGACAGAGUUUCUGGGCUGAGCUGAACGUAGCCCGACUGCAGCAUGAUAAUGUGGUGCGUGUGGUGGCUGCCAGCACGUGUGCUCCUGCCAGCCAGAACAGCCUGGGCACCAUCAUCAUGGAAUACGUUGGCAACAUCACCCUGCACCAUGUCAUCUACGGCACUAGAGAUGUGUGGAGGCAGGGCGAGGAGGAAGAAGGAGGAUGUGGGAGGAAGGGUCUGAGCAUGGAGGAGGCUGUGUGCUACUCGUGUGACAUUGUGACUGGCUUAGCCUUCCUUCACUCGCAGGGCAUCGUGCACCUCGACCUGAAGCCUUCCAAUAUCCUCAUCACUGAGCAUGGAGCGUGCAAGAUCGGAGACUUCGGCUGCUCCCAGAGACUGGAGGAAGGCUCCGCUGCCGCCAUGGCAUUUAAAGAUACUGGCAAGGCACCUGUGGAGCAAGAGGUAGCAAUUCAUCGCAUUAGAAUUACUUUGACCAGUCGCAAUGUAAAAUCACUUGAGAAGGUCUGUGCUGACUUGAUCAGAGGCGCUAAGGAGAAAAACCUGAAAGUGAAAGGACCUGUGCGCAUGCCCACCAAGAUUCUGCGAAUCACUACCAGGAAGACACCUUGUGGUGAAGGCUCCAAGACCUGGGAUCGUUUCCAAAUGCGUAUCCAUAAGCGACUCAUUGACUUGCACAGCCCUUCUGAGAUUGUGAAGCAGAUCACUUCCAUCAGCAUUGAACCAGGCGUAGAAGUUGAAGUUACUAUUGCCGAUGCCUAAAUCGUAGUCAUCUUCUUCGAAUAAAGCUGGCUUACAAAUUUUC